UUUUGGCUAUCACAUUUAAGCAAACAAACAAAUUGUUGCUGAGUGUGUAAUUUUAUUUGGCACACUGGUCUACAAAAGAACGGCUUUAGACUAGUUUUUUUUUUAUUUGAUGUGGGCCAUUAGUCAACUAGAGAGACUAUAGACUUUUAUUUUUAAGUAGGUCACUAGCUAUCAGAAGUAGGUCACUAGAACUGAAGUAGGUCACUUUUAUAUAAGCCUACUACUAGCUACUAGAUCUAAUUUCUAUGUGAUCAAUUUAUCCUCCUAGAAAGCUUACUUCAAGUAGUUUUUAUCAACACACAGUUUUCACGAAUCUAUUGAUUAACUGUCUUAGCUCAGGCGCCCUCCAGUUCUUCCCUCACAAUAGGCUAGCCGACACUGCCUUAAUAUCUCUGUAACAUCUUAAUCACUGUUGUGUAGUCUGUACAGUUCCAUGGGAAUACUUGUAUAGGUGAAUACAAGAAGUCGCUGGUUCUUUCUUCACCCUCGCAUUUUACUCGAGCUUAGCUUCUUAAUAUGUUUCUAUUUACACUCCAUUGAUUUUGUAACUCGUUGCCGUGCCAUUAAGACAAUUAUCACGUGAUCAACACACGCACCCGCACAUUCAUUCACACUCACACAUUGCCACGCACACCCAUCGUCUGCAGACAUCUAUCGCCUUUUCUUGUUUCUACCCGUCACUGUUGAGUUUCUUCCUACAGGUUGGCUUUCAACUUUAGUUGGGUUUAUUUAAUGAAAGGUGAAUCAAGCCAUGCAAUGUUAAGUGACAAAGUAAGCAUUUGAUAAUGCUGGAUAUAAAAGAAUGCAACAAUCAAGUCAUGAAACAGCUGUAAGUCUAACGGACUAUCCAGAGACAAUGUUACAAAUACUAACCUAUCCCGAGUCCAGCAAAACGAUGAGGUACUCAAGGCCUUGGUACCUUUUGCCGUUCUGGGUCAAUUUGACCUUGCUUUUCAGUCUUUCACAGUUGGUCUCUAUCAUUGACAAGACAGUUAAUGAUGAUGAUGCCAUGUUUCCACUUCCUUCCUGGAUUAUUUAUGCUACCAUUGCAGUAGUCACCCCAGGUUGUUUAGCAGUAUGUAGAUUGUUGUCUGAUCCUGCUAUACCUCUUCUUAUUGGAAGUUUAUUUACAACAUUUGCUUUGCUAUUGACAUCAUUUGAAACAAGCAUAUCACAAGUCUUAAUCUUCAGCCUUCUCACUGGUAUUGGUUUGGCUCUUUCCUUUCAAGCAAUAUUUUUAGCAAUUUCCCCAUAUUUUAUCAAAAAGAGCAUCUGUACAUCUGUGAUUACGCUAAUGGUGUCCAUGGUUAUCAUGGUUGGGACAUUCCCACUGAUGAACUAUGCAAGCCAAGCACUGGACACUAAAUUAUUUCUUUACUUGUCACCUCUGGCCUUUGUUACCUCAUUGAUUCCAUUCCAAAUUUAUUUAUAUCACAGAUAUAGAACCAAGUCAACCUCUACAGAAAAAGAAUCAUCUCAUUAUAUUUCAUUUGAUUCUGACACUUUAUUCAACACCAAAGAUAUAGAAAAUCUGAAGGAAAAUUCUUUGGGAACUUUAAUGGCAAAAUUAAAGAAUAUUUUCAGUGGAGACACUUGGAAGACAUCAUUUGUUUCAGUUCUUGUGUGGCUUAGUUGGGGGGCAGCUGCAGACACAUCAUGGAUGUCUAUGGGGUGGAGAUAUCAAUAUUUUCAAUUUCCAACAUCUCUGUCAGCUCUACAGAUGUUGCUUUGUUUCAUCUUGUUAGGAGUCAAAUUAGUGCCUGAGAUAUUUAGACACAAAGAAGCUUCUUGUCGUUCUAAUUUAGCUAGCAACUACAUGCAGCUAGGACUUUUAGGUGUUGGUGGAAUUUUGCUUUGUGUUAUCCCUGAGCACAGUCAUCAAUUUCACAACCAUCUACUCUUUACUGUUGGCCUUGCCCAACAGUAUGAUGAUCUCACUGACCUAUAUCUGCUACCCAAGAAUGGCCUAUCCUUUCAGAGCUCCCAGUACCAGCUCAUCAGAUAUAAACUGAGUUUUGUGGUCAAAGAGGGUGAAAAAUACAAACUCUGUUCAUUGUGGAAUGUUUUCUGUUUACUUUGCCACAUGAUGUCCAUACUUCUGAUGUCCUGCUUGGCUAUGAUUCUUGGAAUUCAAAUUGCAAAUGCCAUUGGAUUUCUGACAACAAUAACUCCCUUGAAUUAUUUGUGCUCACGUGGAGGAUUAUUGACAAUGUCUACAGCUGCAAUUUGUAUUUCUUUACUAAGACCUGAUACUUGGGUUGGCCAUAAGCAUGCACUGACCAUUGUUUAACUUUGUGAUAGUCUUAUUAUUUUAAUUUAAAAUUUUUCUAUUAAUAUAUACAACGUUCUGAGACUUUUAUUUUAUAGUAUAAUUUUUGUAUUGAGCAAUAAGUGAAUUCAUUAACUGACAUUAAGAUUUCACUUUAUUUCACAGAAAUAAUGAUACUUAUAUAUUGAAAAUUAUUCUCAAUUUUUAUAUCAUUCAAAUAAUUUAUUUUAAAAAAUGUAUACAAUAAAUUAAUAAUAAUAAUUUUCAGUUUUUGACAGACAUUUGAAAAACCUUUCAAGUAAUGAUCAUUAAACAUAUACAUAAUUUUUCAAAGUAUUGUUUCAUUGUGGAACUUCAUUAGUAAUGUUUUGCUUUUGCUGAGUUUAGUUUCUGUUUUUUAAUAUAUUUAUAUAUGUAGGCCUAUGCCAAAUCAUGUCUUAAGAAAGACAGGUGUAUUAUAGAUCUUUUUAUUAAACUGUGAUGGUCACAGUUAUUUUUUUUAUUCAAAAUUUGGUUGCCUUAAUAAAACUUUGAGUUUUUUAAAAUAUUCAUUAAAAAAGUAAAGUAAAUAAACAUGUUUGCAGCAAAAAAUUAUUUUAAAAAGAAAAAAAGCAUUUCAAAAUUGCCUGUUAUAGUUUAUUUUUAGCUAUGAGUUAAUUACUUAUUUUUUAUAUGAUUAGCACCAAGGUGUUAACUCUCAUCUAUUGUGGCAUAAAUAUAUUUAUUACAUGCUUUUCUCUCUAGUAAAAAUUAUAAAACUUUCAUUUAAUCCAAAGAUAUUUUCAUUACAUAAAGUGUCAAAAAGCUUGAUGAGUAAUGUUGGAAAUAAACAUACACAUUUCAAUUUGAAGCAAGUGAGAAACUAAAAACUUGGCAAAUGCAGCUUACUAAAUCUCUUCCGUGGACCUCAAUGGAACUAUACACAUAUCUCCUUAUAACUUUUUCACUUUAAAGCAAUCUACUUCAGGAAGAAGCUUUGUACAUUUAUAUUUGUGUCAUCUCCUAUUCUCUGUGCUAUGCAGUUGGCAUCAAAGUGACUCUUAAAUGCCUUACAAUUAUAAAUUACUCUCAGGUUUAUUGCAAUUAUAUCUUCUACUUCUACCCCCCCCCCCCCAUCCAAACUGUCUUAUGCUGCAAAAUGUUACAUUUCUUUUUUCAUCUAUAACUGUUAAAGUUUGACUCUCCCUUUCACUAAUUCUCCCAGUUAGCAGCUAUCUAAAAGCAUUAAACUUAAAAUAAAAAAUCAAUAAAGUGUCCUUGUAAAUACUAUAAACUGUUUGAAUGUUUGAGGACAAUGUAAACUUGCCUCUGUUUUGCUAUUGUAUCACUCCAAAUUCUGAUUCUGAUUGAUUCCAAUUUGUAAUUUUGUAUUAUGUUUACAUUUCCUUUUUGUUUUUCAUGGUAUGGGAUAAAGGAAAAAAAUAGAAAUGAGGCCCUCAAUACGUUUUUGAAUAUAAAUAUGGGAAAGCCUACAAAGGAGACUUCAUUUGAUCUCUAAUGACUGUGUUGAAUGGCCUAAGGUAGUAGCCAGUGUGUAUGUAAGAGACAGCUCAGUUCGUGGAAGGCAUUGUCCCUAUUGGACUACUAUAUCAGAGAACGUAUAAUGUAAAUAGUUUAUCCUAAAGGAGUAAUAGAUUUACAAGGGUGUACUUUGUAAUGUGGACCUUCUAAUUGGAAGAUGCACAAAACGUUUCUGUUCCAAUCACAUUAAAAACAAUCAUUUAAUACAUAUUGAAAUGAAUUUUGUUUUCAAUUUACCUGCAUAUAAUUGCUCUACAAACUUUGUCACCAUAGUGAAGCAUAGGAAUCCAUUAGCUGUUUUUUAUUUAUCAUUCUCAGAGUUAGAUUAAUUUAAUUGUUCCAAACUAUUCUCCACAAAUUUUGUCCCUUUCCCUCCUUUUUUUUCUAAUUUUGGACUCAAAGUCUACCAUGGCCUCUCCUUCCCAAUUUUCAUUUAGAUGAAUGUUUAUUUUGUAAUUAGAUAUUGAAUGAUGAUGCUAUAUUUACAAAGCUUUUAUCAAUUCACUGUCUGUCUGUUUGGUAAAUAGUUUGUACACAUUAUUCCUCCCACACCUAAUCUUAGAUUAAGCUAAAAUUUUGCACAAUUGUUUCUUUUACCUGACAACACAAGAAUUAACAUAAAACAAUAAAUAAUUAUUUAAUUAACUAUUAGUAAUUAAUUAUUUUGUUUGGUAAAAUGAACAAGGGAAAGAAAUUGUAGCCUACUUGACUGAUGUGAUGAGAUAAGUUGAAUUAGUCCCCUAGAGGACUCUUAAGCCCUGAGUGAAAUAAUUUUUUAUGCAAUUAAAAAAGGAUCAUGUCAAUAUUCACCAAGAUACCCCCUUCUUCCCUUCCCCUUUCACAACUGGUCCAGACAAGUGGUAGGAUCAUAGCGCAUUGACAAAGCUAGAAGCUAAACAAAAACCAUUGGUAGAAAUAUGUCUAAUUGUACGGAUUUAUUAUGUCUAGGUCAAUUGUACAUACAAAUACAUGACUGAUCCAAACUAAUUGAUACAAUUACACUUAAUAUAAGCUUUUUUUUUUAUAAAAAGUAUUUUUUUUAUGUUUUUCUUGUUUAUGUAUUGUAAAUCACUUGUGUAUACUUUUGUUUCAUAAUAAAACAUCUUUCUUGAUAAAGCAAUAAAGUAUUCCAUCCUUCUUGCAUGGGCCCCAUGCAUUAAUUAUAAACCAUGACUUAUGUUGAUAUAAACAAAUAUCAUAUAAUGUAUAAAAGGUGAUGGUCUUCUUACAUAUAUAGGUCAUCUGGUAUCAGAAAAUAUCUGUUCCACAUGUCAUACUUCAUUCUUUAAUGUAUGAUAGAUGAUGGUUUAUCCAUAAUGCUAUUGAUUCCAUCACUUCUAGUUAAACAUUGUAACCCUCAAGUAGCAGUCCCUGUUUCACCUGUUAAAUAUAUAUUAUUAAAAUUGUUUGGUAAAAUUUAAUGAUGUGUGCACCAUGAUACAAACAGCAAUAAAUGUUGCCAGCAAUGCAUCUUUGUGAUAAAGUUGUUAAUAAAAAAUUGAUUUUUCGUUGUGUAGCUAUACACUUUUUGUGUGCAACACAUAAUGUCUGUAAAGUGAAUAGACUUUUUGUGUGUGACACAUAGUGUCUGUAAAGUGAAUAGACUUUCUGUAUGCACUUGACCACUAAACAUGUUCACUCUAGGUCUUUUUGUAUUGCAUACACCCCAUGUCUAUACUAAAUUAUACAUAUGUUGGUAUUGACUACUGUAAAUGUCUACACUAAUCAUUGUACAUGUAUUAUUACCAUUAUUAUUGUACAUUUCUACACAUCUAAGUUGCUUUUUUUAUGUUAUGUUUAUACUAUAGAGAUGUUAUUUUUAUACCUGAAUUUCCCUUAAAUAUGAUGAUAGACUUAUGUGGGCCUAUAAUGUUGCUAGUUAGAUAUGGACCUUUGUAGUGAUUGUAACUUUUUGAGAAGAAAAUAAAUUUUAUAAACAUUUGUAUUUUUUAGUCAUAAUAAAGUUCUGUAAAUGGCUUUAUUAAAUGUUAGUUUUAACUUUUUUCUUUUCUUUUUUUUUUUUCUAUCUUCUAUUUUUGCUUUUACUUAGAUACAUGGGUUUUAAUAGCUAGAUACAUUUUAGAAAAACAUUUUUCUAAAAACUUUGUAUUUUUUCAUACCCAAAAAAAAUUGCCAUAGAACAUGACAAUAACCUGAACGUUAUUGCAGUUAUGUCUAGAUCUAGAUCUUUGUAUGUGAACUAGUAGUUUUAAACAUGUAGAUUAUAUGCAUUUAUGAACUAAAGUAUUAAUUUCCAGAAACAAUUCCUGGUUCUAAAACAUUCCAUUCAUUCUAUAAUGAACUGUAUAUGUUUUGAUUUGUGCUAAAGAUUAAACAUUUAAUAGACUAUGAAAUAA